AUGCUGGACGAGCUGGAUAACGUUUUUGAUGACCAUCCGUCGCUGGAUGCGUCGCUAGAGGACUUUGAGAACAACAGCAAUGCGCACCGCUCUCCCGUAUUCGGCCUCCCCUCACAGCAUUCCGGGUUCCGCUCAGAGGAGUCGGAAGGUGAGGAAGAGGAUACCACUCCGAACGGUGAACGCUGGUCGCCUCCGGGCUUUCGCAGAUAUGAUUACGUUCAAGGUAGCGGGUGGUAUCGCCAUCAACCUUAUCUGCGCAAAGGCGAGAACGAUCGGCCGGUGCUGAAGCCGACUGUGGGAGUCAGCCCGUCGGUGUCGCGCGAGGCUAGCCCACAGUAUGAAGAUGCGAUCGACACCCCAUCGGUGAAGAAACGCAGCGAGUCGGCCGACACGGGGGAUGCGACCAUCGCUGCCAACGUACCGUUACCUUCUGACACACCACUUACGGGACGGUCCCCGAGUCCCGCUCCGGCGCUCAGGGCAAGCCCCGCCGACGAGGUUUUGGACUUUGGGCCGGAGAAUAACUUGAGCAAUUAUAUCCGGUUUGCUGUGCGCGCAGAAGUCCAGCAUCGUGAACCAUUUGUCGCACUUUUUAGUUACUUGCGAUCCAAGUUCGACAGAAUCACUAGUUCCAAAUCCAACACCACACUGUCCAUCCUGAUUGCGCUUCUGUCCAUCGCAUUCAUGCGCGCAUUGUUCUUACCUAGUCUCCCUCAAUCGAUUCCGGAUCUGGUGAAAUUGUCAAGCUUUGCGCGAUCAUUCGAGCCGCUCAUAUACUACUCGGAGAAUGGAGUACAGCAGAUUGGAACGUUGCAGGAGACCGGUGUUGCUGUCUGGGAUCUGAGUGAAUCCGUCCGCGGUACCAAUAUGACCAGCGCGCCGAUCAUUGUGCGCCAGCUAGAUGAACUGUCCGAGUCGCUGAAAACAUUGUCGCUGGAGCUAACGCGCUUUUUCGCCAAUGUCGACUCCGACGUUGACUCCAUUCUGAUAGUCAUGGACUGGGCCAAAAGAGAGCUGGAGACUUUAUCGUCGCAACCUCCGAGUUCUCUGCCGUCCAUUGUCCUCGACAAUGUGCAUGAUCUCUUAUCACGGCUGGGUACGCUGGAGCGGACAGACACUCCCAAUGGUGAGGCGAGUAGCAGCCAGCUGACAACCACUCCAACCACAUUCGGUCUCGUCGUUACGGCCGUGUUGGGUCAGACUUCCGCGCAGCGGACGCGGGCCACUCUCACGCGAACCUUCACCGAGUUCCUAUCUGUUCUUGAAGAGUCGAUCAAUAGUGAAUUGACCCAUUCAACUGCGCUAUUUGCCCUCUUUGAAUCCAUAGAUCGCCAAUUUCUCAAUCUGCAGCGCACCGUUGUGCGCGAGUCGGACGCGCAAGAACGUGCCGAGGGGGAAAUGCUGAGCUCUCUGUGGACGAGAGUCCUGGGUCCUGAUGCCGCUAUGGUUCGCAAGUAUGAGAAGAACAAGCGCUUGUUGGCCAAUGUGCGCAGCCGAACUGUCGCCAACAAGCAUCUCCUGAUGGAUCACCGCGGCCGACUUUUGACACUCAAGGUCAACUUGGAGACCCUGCGACGAAAGCUGGUUAGUCCACUUGUUCGGCGGAACGACUCUGUCAGCUUUGUGGGUGCUGUCGAGGGAGGCAGCGGCCGCAGUAACGGACGGAUGCUGGGCCCAGUUGAAGCGGUCAUCGAAGGCCAGAUCCGCGGGCUGGAGGGUACGUACGAGUACCUCCGCUCUGUCCGAGAAAAGCAAAAGGCCAAACUCAUGGAAAUGGUAUAUGGAGCUGGGCGCAAAAUCCCAUCCCCUUCCAUGUUGCCAGACGGAUCGGACGAUUUAGGGUCAGAUACCAUCGAAGGGGUCUGA